AUGAAAGACCUGGGUGAAUCAAAACUAUGCCUGGAUGCUCCUACACAAAUUGAUUCCUUGGUAAGCUGCUAUAAUAAUACAUUAUCUUCUGUUCUGGAUCGCCACGCUCCGCUGAAGAGGAGAAUUGUUACCUCUAGGGCUAUGGUGCCAUGGUAUGACGAGGAAAUCAAACUUGCAAAGAAGGAAAGAAGGAAAGCGGAGCGGAAAUGGCGGACUACAAAAACGACGGCAGAUUUUAAUAAAUUUAAAUCAUUGAAAAACCAUUGUACUCAAUUAAUGAGGAAAGCAAAAUGCUCCUUUUUCUCUGAUUUUAUCAAAGAAAACAGCAAUAACCAAGGGACUCUAUUCAAAGCUAUCAAAGGAAUGCUGGCUGAAAAAAAAUGCAAUAAGUUUCCCCGGACGUAAUGAAACAGCUCUCUUGCUAUUAUUCUUCCCAUAUUAAAAAAGUCUGGGCUGGAGUCCGCUUUUGAAAAUCUUCGUCCCAUCAGUAAUUUAGCAUAUAUUUCAAAGCUUAUUGAACGAGCAGUAUAUAAUCAAACGCACGAUCAUAUCCUUCGAUGUGGCUUUUAUCCAGUUUUGCAAUCUGCUUACCGGCGGUAUCACUCCACAGAGACUGCGUUACUCAAAGUACUCAAUGACAUUUUGUUGAGCAUGAACAGUCAACGUGUCACUCUCUUCGUUCUUCUGGGCCUAAGUUCCGCUUUUGACACAAUUGAUCAUGGAAUUUUGCUGGAACGGUUAAGGUCAAAAUUUGGAAUACGUGGAACAGUUCUCAGUUGGUUUUCUUCCUAUUUGUCUAGUCGAAGUCAACGUGUUAUGCUAAAUGGUACCUUUUCUGAUUCAUCUGAUUUGAACUUUGGUGUCCCGCAGGGUUCGUGUUUGGGGCCUCUUCUUUUUAUAUUAUAUGCCUCCAAACUGUUCGAUAUUAUUAACAAUCACUCGCCAGAUUUACAUGGUUUUGCUGAUGACACUCAGUUGUAUGUGUCAUUCAAACCUGACUACCCAUGCGAUCAAUGUGAAGCGAUCUCGGUAAUGGAAAGCUGUGUCAACGAUCUUCGGAAAUGGAUGAUUCAAGAUAAAUUGAAACUAAAUGACGGUAAAACUGAACUGUUAAUAAUUGGAUCUAAGCAGCAACUGCACAAACUUAACCCAUGCCAUGUACGUGUCGGGAAUGCUGAUGUCCUUCCUGUACCAAUAGCUCGUGAUCUAGGAGUUUGGCUUGAUUCAAAUUUAAAAAUGUCAUGUCAUAUAACAAAGACAUGUGGUGCCGCAUUCUAUUGGCUUCACAACAUCAAACGCAUCAGCAAGUUUUUAUCUCGGGAAAAUCUGUUGACU